AAAUUAAGGAUUAUUAAACUGCUACUAGGCUGUAUAUUUUACAAAAAAAAACUGGAAUAAUGCAAAGGAAUAUUAAACGGUCAACUCGUGGACCAUUACGGGCAAUUAAUAACGCCCUAUCAACUAAUACAAAUGUAAUAUCAUGUAAACCAGAAAAAGCUACUGAUGUGGUCACAAGUCAUAAAGUAGUGGAAAAUGAAUCUGAUCAAAGGAAUCAAUCACACUUAACAAUGGAUAACAAUCAACAACCUACAACACCUGUAUUGCGUGCAUCAUGUCGACUAUCACAGACAAAAUCAUCGCAAUCAUUGUAUGAUAUUCUACCCAUGCCUUUACGCUCUUCAUCUUGUCGGUCGGAAAAACAAUAUUUGAAGUCCGAUAUUCGUCGUCACUUUCCAAUUCGUACAAGUGGCUCAAAAACCUCAUAUCAAGAAAAUAAAACUCCGAAGUGUUUUGAUGACACUCUUGAUUCAUUAACAAAUGCUUCAGUAAUUGUUAAUUCCUCCUUAUCUUCCCUUGAUUCCGCAUCUCCAAUUGGUGAUAUCCCGCGUAAACGGCAUCUUGGCACUUGGCAAAUCUUAACAGAAUCAAAACAAUCCCGACUGAGUGAAGGUCAGCAGUGUGUGAAGUUAAGAAAUGACAGUGAUACAAUUUGUCUUGUAAUGGGUUCUGAAGUAAAAACUCAUCCAAGAUACUGGAUGAGAAAAAGUGCAGCAGAAAUUCCUGUAACACCUGAACAAACUUCUCCUAAAAUUACUCCAAAGAAACAUCUAGCUCCUAUUUGUCCAGUCCCAAUGCCAAGUGGAUUUCCACUUCAGUUACCGAUUAGAUAUUCAUCUGUUUCAUUACCAUGGGAAUCUGGUAACUACUCCAGACCUAGUUUGUCACGCACUGUUGAAACACAGACUUCUCCUAUUGAUUCAGACAAAGUUCCUCAAACUGAGAAACCCAAAGGAAGGAGACAUACAGGAAUCGGACUUCGAAGCUCAGGUACAGCUCAAGUACUUCAAAAUAUUCGACGAAAGUUUGGUCAUCUCAGAAGAGCUAUAAGUGCAGAUAGACUGAAUAAAAAUUCUUCCACGUCAUUUGAAAAUUGCAAUCAGGAUCGUAUAUCUUCUUCACCAAAUCCAAAUAAUAGUAAACAGUCUACUACAAAUAAUGCGAAUUCCGACGUCCACUUUAACCAAGAUCCUUCUUACAAGCUCACAUGUCAUGUGACGCGUAAAAAUCCUGAUGGUUCAGUGCAAAUUUCACUAAGACGUUCAUCAACUAAUGGUCAAUUUGGCUUUUUCAUUGCUCGUGAUUCAAAAGGUAUUUAUGUCAGUCGGCUAGGAAGUGUCCGAUGUGCCGCAAAACUCUGGGAUGUAUUUCAUGUUGGUGACAGAAUAUUAGAAGUUCAAGGUAUACCUUGCGACAAUCUUGAAGUGGAAGAAGUUAAAAAUCUUAUACGAGGAUGUGAACUUGUCGAGUUCCGAGUGAAAUCAUCUCAUCAUUCAGACUAUAAAAAGAAUCCAUUCCGAUUGAGUCUUUCCUGAUUUAUUUAAUGCUUGUAUUGUAACCAAAAUUUCCUUAUUGCCUUUUACACUACUGGCGCUUAACAACAGUAGUAUCAGAUGUUUUACAUCCAGCAACCUAAUUGUACAUAGACUUUACAUAAGAUUUAUAUAUUAUGAUUUUCUUUAAAUUAGAUUGUACAGAGGUUAAAUUUUAUUAUUAUUAUUACUCUCAUCCAUAUUAUUCCUAUUUUUCUGUAAAAAUCAGAGUUUUACAAUCUUACUUUUAUUUACCUUGAAGAUAAUUUAAAUAAAUUUUGAUUAAUAUUUUAACUCCUAUUUGUACUAAUGCUGAUUUUAUAUAAAAGUGUAUUUAUUUUAAAUUA